AUGUCUUCUCAUCUUCAUGAAAUUGAUGAACAUCAACGACGUGAGAAGGUUGGAACGCUUGCAAAUAGGGUUAGGUUCUGUGAAGAAGGGAUGGUUUCUGUCGAAUCUCCAUGUCUGAAACAAAGGCUUCGUUCGGAUAAAAGGGGGCUGAGGGCUGAGGGUAUAGAAUGGCGAUAUUACCCUAAUUAG